UAACAUCCAAUCACACAAAUAACGUAAUCAAAAAUUAUUCCGACUUUUUAUUGAAAAGAAGAAACUUUUUUUUUGCAAAACAUUCCAAAGACGACAGAUAGACGACCGCCGUCGCCGGAAAGUGACGUCACCAAACCAGUCAAUGGGUGCCACUGAGCCCGCGGUAGUGGAGAGAGAUAGGAAAGAAACAGAGAAGCAAAGAGAAGCAAAGGCAGUGGAGGAGGAAGGAGAAGAAUCAAAGGAUAAAGAUGAAAUCAGUCAUCAUAGAUUUUUGGCGAGCUUGAACAGAUUAAACCCAACUAACCCUCUUAGGAUCAUUGUUAAUGGCGGCUCUAGAUUCACUACGCCUCCGCCUCCCAAUCUCGCCCAACCAAUCCGAUCUUCCUCUAGACAACCUCCUCCGCCGCCACCACGGCCGCAGACGCCUCCUACUUUCGUUCAAGAAGAACCUCAGCCUCAGACUCCUCCGCCGCCAAAUCAACAUCAAACUCGUUCCAUCUUCACACCCACCCCUCAACAAACGUUGGCAUCAUUGAAUUCCACAAAGUACACAAACAAGUUCUUUCUGCUGCUCUUCAUCUUUCACAAGGUUGUGGCUAUUGGGUUUGUAGGCUUCCUUGUCUUCAGAGGCGUCCAAGGUCUAAUUGGAUCCAAUGGUAGCGUCAAAAGGAAAGAGCAAAAGAUCCUCAGAUUCUUACUUCCACAAGUCGAAGCUGCAUCGCUCUUGAGCAUCAUUCUUGCAUUCCUAUGGCAGAUGGCAUUCAGGCUUUGGCCUGAUUUCAUGAUUCACUUCAUACUUUGGAGUACCUUUUUGAUGUCUCUUUCCUCAGGAAUCCUCUUACUGUGUUUCCAGAUGCCAACUACCGAUGCUGUUGGGGUUUGCCUCAUCGCAUUCUCAAUUGGCAAUGGUUUAUAUGCUUGCUGGGUCACUCGCAGAAUCAAAUUCUGUUCUAAGAUUUUGGUCAAGUCGUUAGAACCUGUUUCCAAGUUCUCGGAUUUGAAUUUGCCCACCUACUACAUGCUAGCUGCUGGUUUCCUCUGGAUGUCUCUUUGGAUUUUCGGUGUCAUUGGUGCCUUGAACUUCUAUUUUCCGCCACUUGUGAUUAUUGGUUUGGUGUUAAGCCUGGCUUGGACGACAGAAGUGAUGAGGAAUAUUGUUAAUCUAACUGUCAGUCGGGUCAUUGCUUUGUACUAUCUUAGGGGAAUGCAGUCUAGUACCCGGUUUAGUUUCCAAAGGGCCUUGUCUCGUAACCUCGGGAGUGCGUGUUUAGGAUCUUUGUUUGUUCCAACAAUAGAAGCCUUAAGAAUCUUGGCAAGAGGAUUGAAUUUGCUCAAGGGUGAAGACGAGUUUAUGUUUUGCUGCGCUAAUUGCUGUCUCAGACUCAUGGACUUCAUAUUCGAACAUGGCAAUGGCUGGGCCUUUGUACAGAUAGCGGCUUAUGGGAAAGGAUUUGUGAGGGCGUCGCAAGACACAUGGAAACUGUUUGAGGAUGAAGAUAUGGUUGAAAUCGUAGAUGCAGACAUAACAAGCUCCAUUUGCUUCCUCACGGGCAUCUGCAGCGGCUGCGUCUGUUUAAUUGCCGCAGCCGCUUGGACUCAUACAGUUUACAAACCUUUUACAGCCACCAUCUCCUUACUUGCCUUCUUCAUUGGAUACCUUAUGACCAGGAUCUCAAUGGCAUUGCCUCACGCCUGCGUAGGUUGCUACUACACGUGCUAUGCCGAAAAUCCGGAAAGCAGAUUCUUCGAAGACAAAGUGAUAAAAACUAGGCAAGAUAUGAUCAAAAGUGGCCGUGUUGCUGUGACCACCCCUAGAGUUCGCCGUGCUCUAGCUUAGCCUGCUUAUCUCUUUUUCCUUCAUGCAUGAUUCGAAAUGGCUAUAUAGGUGCUAAAUUUUCAGAAUGAAUAAGUAGUUUUUAAAAAAUGUAUUUAAAUUGAAAAUCAAUUUUAAUUACAGAAAGAGUGAAGAGUCAGUAUAAGUAGGAGUGGGAAGAAAUUGUGGAUAGACCAUAAGCUCGUGACAUGGACACAAUCCAACUAAAUGAGCCAAAAGCCAAGUUGGUUAAGCUUUUUCACUUUCCCUUUUUUUUCUUUGUUCUUGUUGAGACUUGAGACCCCUCAAUUACUUUCUGUACAUAUUUUAUUUUAAUUUAUUCUUUUGUUCCUUUCUGUA